AUGCUAAAGUGUUCUAGAUAUGAAAAGCCAUGGCUUGAGGACCCGCGCUGGACGCGACCCAAGCGGAUCAACAGCGCCAUCAUGCUCACAGGCUUCAUAAUUGGCUUGGUUCUGAUUUUCUUCUAUUUGUGGGACGGGUAUUGGGUUGCUACCCCUAUAGGCGAGCAGUACUGCCUGAUCAUGGAUGAUCAGUUCGAUGCCAUUGGCCGUGAUAACUGGAGCUACGAAAUUCAGACCGGUAGAUUCGGCAAUGGAGAGUUCAGCUGGACGACAGACGACUCACAAAAUGUGUUUGUUGAUGCUGAAGGCUUACACAUUGUACCGACCUUGACCACCGACUCUACGGAUAUCACCGAGGCACAGCUGCUCGACGGUUACACUCUGAACCUUACAACUGCAGGCAGCGACGGGACCUGCACAUCUACAGACGUGAAGAUGUGCUCAAUCAAAUCCAACGUUACACUCGGCCAUAUCCUCCCGCCAGCACGAUCCGCACGUAUUACCACCAAAGGCAAAAAGAGCAUCAGAUACGGACGAGUCGAGGUCGUUGCUAAGAUGCCCAGGGGCGAUUGGUUGUGGCCUGCUAUCUGGAUGAUGCCCGAAGAUUCAGUUUACGGCGUGUGGCCCGCAUCCGGCGAGAUCGAUAUCGCAGAAACGCGCGGAAACAACUACACAUAUCCUCGCGGCCGCAACGUAAUCACCUCGGCCCUUCACUGGGGACCCGAUCCUCAGCAUGACGGCUACAUGACCACGUACGAUACCUUUUUCUUCAAAUCUAAUCGCCUCGACUUCACCGACAGGUUUUUCACAUUCGGCUUGGAGUGGACCACAGACUACAUUUUCAUGUAUGUUGACAACAGAUUAUACCGUGUGUUCGACCUCAGGUUCAAGGGGAAGGAGCCAUUCUGGGAGAAGGGCAAAUUCCAGGGCACGUCCAAUAGCAAUGGCCAACUCUAUACCAAUCCUUGGCUCGAGGCUGGCAACCCUAUUGCACCCUUCGAUCAGAAAUUCUACUUGAGUCUCAAAGUCGCAGUCGGCGCUCAAAACGGUUGGUUCUAUAACGGAAAGUACAACAAGCCAUGGGUUGAUGGCAGCGCAUCUGCUGCAAGGGAUUUCUGGAACGCGAAGGAGCAGUGGUUACCAACGUGGGGUGAGGGGAAUGACCGCGGCAUGACUGUCAAGUCGGUUAAGAUGUGGCAGUGGUGCUGA